GGGCAGGUAGACAGAUUCUAUACGCUGGACGACAUGGAGGCUGGGAAACACAGCCGCUGCUGAUAGUUACAUUUACAGUUUACACUAAACACGAAAUUGGCAUCAGUAAAGCACUGACACCUUCUUCGGGACACAGGUAGGCUCUGGUUGAACCGUUGGCCAAAACAUGGAGUCCAUGCUUAACAAGCUGAAAAGCACCGUCACCAAGGUGAAAGCGGAUGUCGCCAGUGCAGUCAUGGGUAACCCGGUCACCCGAGAAUAUGAAGUAGGCCGGCACAUUGCCAGCAGUGGACCAGGGCUGUGCUGGCGAAUUUACAGUGGAGUCAAGAACUCCACGAAACAGGAAGUAGCAGUGUUUGUUUUCGAAAAGAGACUGAUCGACAAGUAUCAGAAGUUUGAAAAGGACCAGAUUGUUGACUCUCUGAAAAAAGGAGUCCAGCAGCUGACCCGCUUACGACAUCCUCGCCUUCUCACUGUCCAGCACCCGCUCGAGGAGUCGCGAGACUGUCUGGCCUUCUGUACAGAGCCUGUCUUUGCCAGCUUGGCCAAUGUUCUGGGUCAGCAUGAGAACCUGCCCUAUCCACUUCCAUCAGAGCUCAGCGAGUACAAAUUGUACGACGUGGAGACCAAGUAUGGCCUCCUACAGAUCUCAGAGGGCUUGGCCUUCCUCCACAAUGGGGUGAAGAUGGUCCAUGGAAACCUGUGCCCAGAGAACAUCAUUGUGAAUAAGAGUGGGUCCUGGAAGAUCAUGGGCUUUGACUUCAGCAUUUCAUCCACCAACCCGUCAGAUCAGGAGCCCACGUACUCUUGUAAGGAGUGGGAUCCCAACAUGUCGUCUCUCUGCCUUCCGAACCCGGAGUACCUCGCCCCCGAGUACAUCCUGUCGGUCAGUUGUGAAACGGCCUCUGACAUGUACUCCCUGGGCGUGGUCAUGCAUGCCGUCUUCAGCGAGGGGAAGCCUGUCUUCCAGGUCAACAAGCAGGACAUCUUCAAGAGCUUCAGCAGACAGCUGGACCAGCUGAGCCGACUGAAGCCAGGGGUCCUCACCAAGAUCCCUGAAGAGGUACGGGAGCAUGUAAAGAUGCUCCUGAGCGUUACGCCCAACGUCCGUCCUGAUGCUGACCAGAUGACCAAGGUUCCGUUCUUCGAUGAUGUUGGAGCAAUGACGUUGCAGUACUUUGAUUCCCUCUUCCAAAGGGACAAUCUGCAGAAGUCCCAGUUCUACAAGGGCUUACCCAAGGUUCUGCCCAAGUUGCCCAAGCGCGUGGUGGUGCACCGAAUCCUGCCAGCACUCUCCUCCGAGUUUGUGAACCCGGACAUGGUUCCCUUUGUCCUGCCCAACGUGCUGCUGAUAGCUGAGGAGUGCACAAAGGAGGAGUACGUGCGUCUGAUCAUGCCUGAUCUCGGCCCGGUCUUCAAACAGCAAGAACCUGUGCAGAUCCUGCUGAUCUUCCUGCAAAAGAUGGACCUGCUGCUGACCAAGACUCCUGCGGAGGACAUCAGGAACAGCGUGCUGCCCAUGGUGUACCGUGCGCUGGAGGCUCCCUCCAUACAGAUCCAGGAGCUGUGCCUGAAUAUCAUCCCCUCCUUUGCAAAUCUGAUUGACUAUCCGUCCAUGAAGAACUCGCUGGUCCCACGAAUCAAGUCCGCCUGCCUUCAGACCUCCUCCCUGGCGGUGCGGGUCAACUCCCUGGUGUGUCUGGGGAAGAUCCUGGAAUACCUGGAUAAAUGGUUUGUCAUCGACGAGAUCCUGCCUUUCCUGCUGCAGAUUCCUUCCAGGGAGCCUGCUGUGCUUAUGGGGAUUCUGGGGAUCUACAAGUGCACCUUCUCCCAUAAGAAACUGGGGAUCCCAAAAGAGCACCUGGCGGGGAAGACCAUUCCCCAUCUGGUCUCCCUCAGCAUCGACAACAACCUGAACCUCAACCAGUUCAACUCCUUCAUGGCGGUGAUCAGAGACAUGCUGAGCCGAAUGGAGGCGGAGCACAAGACCAAACUGGAGCAGCUGCAUGCCAUGCAGGAGCAGCAGAGGUCACUGAACAUCUCAAACCCGCUAAGCCAAUCCGAGGAAACCAAGUCCACACCCAGCCCUGGCAACCAGAUUGAUGGCCUCUUCGGAGGGAACUCUACGAGUGCCGGGCAGAAUGGGAAAGAGAAUGGAUCUUCUGUGCCUGCUCCACAACCAUCCCGAGUGUCUCUCACCCUGGAGGAGAAGCAGCGUUUGGCAAAGGAGCAGGAGCAAGCAGCCAAACUGAGGACUCAGCAGCCUCUCACCCCCAAUGUCAUGAAAGCAGCCGCAUCCACCCCUCAGGCGAAAGAUCUGACCAGCAGUCUGAUGAACAGCAUGACCUCACUGUCCCUCAGCUCCGGCCCCCGGCAGGGAGGGGCCGUUUCCACCGGCUUCCCCUCGGUGGCCCCCAUGGGCGGGGUGGGCACCAUGGGAACCAUGAGCAACGGGUUCGGCUCGGGGAUGGGCUUCCCGCCGGCGGGGAUGAACAUGGGCAUGCGCCCGUCUGGCCCCGGGGCCCCUGUGUACGGGGGCCUGGCCACCACCACCAGCACCCCAAACUUCUCCGCCCUCGCCCAGACCCAGGCCAGCAAGCCCCCGGACAUGUCCGCCCUCGACUCCCUCUUCACCCCGCAGAAGCCCAAAGUCACCCUCAACCAAAUGACCCCCGUGCCCACACCCGCUCCCAGCCCGUGGCUCAACCAGUUUGGGUCCCAGCAGCCUGCCCAGGCGGCGGCCCUGCCCAUGGGCACUGCCCACGCGGGGUUCGGCAUGCAGGCCAAUCCCUUCUUCAGCCCGCAGAACUUCUCCCAGGCCACGGCCGCGCCCAUGGCCGCUCCGCCCAUCAACCCUGGCGCCCUCAGACAAAGCGCCUCUGCCAACAACGACCUGAAGGACCUCUUCGGCUAGAGCCUCGUUCACAUACCCACGCCUUUUCACUCUGAGACCCAACGGGAGGAAAACGCAGAGACUCUGGGUGACCGAUAGCGAUCUUGUUGAAUUUAAUCAAGUGGAGGUCCCGGCUUAUUGUUAAUUACAUUGAAUGUGAUCUGAUUGUGGCUUAAAGUCCCUUCAAACUGCAGACCUCAGUGAGUGGAGCCCAGAGGCAAAGGAGGACCUUUCUACCAUGUCCCAUCACUUACCCUAGGGAUUGGUUACCAUGUCUAGCCCACAUCUGGGAGAUUUUGCUCAUAUACUGAGUCUAAUCAACUAUACCGGGGGGUUUAUAUGGUGUCCCAUCAGUAACGGAGGUUUAGAUACUGUACCGCAUCAGUAACCGUGGGUGCUGGGUUGAGAUCAACUCGAUAAGCUGUGCUGCCAUUGUUCCCCAGAUUCCCAUAUCAGCACUGAAAGGAUCACGUGGGUCCAGCCGAGACCAGCGUGUGUGUGUGACCCACCCAGGAGCAGUAGACCAGCCAGUCUCCACGCUGAUGCGGUUUCCCCUCUGUCCCUUUUGCUUCCCACGCUCCAGGCCGCUACGCAGGGCCUCUGUUACUGUCUCUGCCGCUAGCCGAAGCUGCCCAUCCCCCCCACAGCAUGAAGGACUCGCACGCGUUAGGCAGCCACACCAAUCACCCGCUGUGUCUCGGGCAGCUCUGUUUUGCAGUUUGAGUUGAGUGUUGUUUUUUGUUUUUGUUUUUUCCAGUUUGCUGGGUGUGGGACCAGGUGGUGUGACCCUAGCUGUCUCGCCCAUUCUCUCUCCCGCACGCACUGGGAGAUAACGGCCUUCUCCUCACCGAGGGAGAGGGAGGGUGUGGCCAGAGGCCUCGUUGCUGUCGUGUGUGUGAGGGUGAAUGAGGGUGAAUGCUGCCAAUCUUGCCUCUUCAGCAGGAGAAUAGAUGUGAGAAUGUGAAAGGGUGAAUGCUGUCGGCCAUUUUGAAGUUUAUGAGUGAAUGUUGCUGGGUUCCUUUGCGGUGUGAAAGGGUGAAUGUUGCUGGCUUCCUUUGCAGUGUGAAAGGGUGAAUGUUGCAGGGUUCCUUUGCAGUGUGAAAGGGUGAAUGUUGCUGGCUUCCUUUGCGGUGUGAAAGGGUGAAUGUUGCUGGGAUCCUUUGCAGUGUGAGGUGUGAAAGGUGUGCUGUUCUGCUGAGUAAAUGAAGUGAGUCUGUACAUGGGGAACGCCUGGCCACAGCAGGUCAAAUAAGUGCUGUAUUUACCGUCCUUAUACCUGAGGUGGAUAUAUUGUGCGCUUUUGCGUUUAUGUGCAUUGGCCUCUUCAUCGAGCCUUUCUUCCUACCCCUCCCUGUCUGGAGCUGAAGGUGGGGUGCACCUAGGUCCCUCCACCAGGGCAGGUGACGGACGCAUUGGAGAAGUGUCCACAUUAUAUUAACUGUCGUACCACAGUGACCACACAGGUUUUUAAAAGUAUUUAUAACAGUUUUAUAUAUAGGAGGGAGUAUACAGUGGUAAUAUAUUGUGAAUGAAGUGUUCGAUUUAAGAUACUUGAUGCGUUCUGAUGGGAGCGCUGAUUAAAGGGGACCCUGCUCUUUCCUGCUGUGGCAGUGAUUAAUGAAAGGCCUUAAGAGGUGUUUGCAAUAAUUUCAUUUUGAGGCGGGUCGGUCUGCGUGGUUUUAUCUGCUGCUUUCUGUUUUUCCAUUUGCCUCUUGCAGAUUUCAGCGAGGAAGGAUCAUUUUAUACUGGCCACAAACCACACAAUUUGCGGUUUAUGUGAAUUUCUUUGAGGGCACCGUUUGGUGAAAGUCGCCCCCAGGGGGCAGUAAGGUUGUGACUGUGCAAAAUGCAGAAUGGACUUCCGGACUGCAGGCCUGGGACCUGUGAAUGCUGCUCGGGAGUUGAGAGAAACUGCUCUGCAUCCUCCCCCCUCACUGUUGUGGUGGCAUUUAUGUGAUGACAAAUUUGAGGAACCUGUGAGCACGAUUGCUACAUUUCCAAUAACACGACAAGGUUACUGCUGUCCCAACACAUUUGGUUUAAACCGAAAAAAGAGCAAAAGUCUAUUCUUUUACAAAACUUCUGAUCCUUUGUAUAUGAGAGAAAUAACUGUAUAACGUGUCUUUGUGAAAUUUGUAUUGUGAAUGGGGUGUUUGUGUCGUCUCAGUUCAGACUGAGGGUUGGAUCUUUCCUAGUCUUCGAUGAAAUCCUGUAAAUAUAUAUAAAAUAUACAUUCUAGUAUUCUUUAA